CAGUGGAAUCGCGACAUAGUUAACGUUGCGCGUUACAGCAGAGAGCACUCAGCAUCAAUAAUGUCUAGGCGCUGAGGUCACCGAUGCGGACUCGAUUUGUUUAAGAACUGAUCGCAGAGAUCUUUUCCCCACACUUUUACACACCUGCAAUAUCACAUUGCAAUGCUUCUUAAAACCGCAAUUGUGUGGCUAGCCGCACUCGGGGUAGUGAAAGGGAAAGAAGAAGCCGAGCCAGAAGAUGUGCUUACGUUCGUCCCUGUGUGCGAAACAGAUACGUUCAGCCCACCAAGUCUCGGCGCCGGCGUCACGAAGUUGUCUAUCGAAGCGAAGAUUCAGCGCAACUACACCACCCAUGGGGAUGAGCACGUCAUACCAGAUACAGAGGGUCUCAAUUUCUGCCAGGUCAAAGUACAUCUCACUCACGCGAAUACCAACGAUGACGUUUUGGUCGAGGUCUGGCUUCCAUUAGACGACUGGAACGGCCGCUUUCAAGCUACAGGAGGAGUGGGCAUGGCAACUGGAAUGCUUGGGGGAGCCCUUGGUCCUGCUGUCAAGGGAGGCUACGCAGCUUCUUCUACGGAUGGUGGUCACCCGAUUGGAGAGACCGAUGACACAACAUGGGUUCUGAAGGAAGAUAGUACUAUUGAUUGGAACUUGUUGACCAACUUCGCGGUUCGCAGUCUUGCUGAGUCAGUCGUGGUCGGCAAAAGUAUCACCGAGCAAUUCUACAAGGAAAGGCCGAAGUACUCGUACUGGAACGGGUGUUCUCAGGGCGGAAGGCAAGGUUAUGUGCUUGCGCAACAGUACCCUCACCUAUUGGAUGGCAUACUUGCAAACGCUCCCGCGAUCAGUCUGACACACCUAGCGAUGGCUGAUUUCUGGCCUUUGUUGGUCAUGAAGGAAGAAGGCUUGUGGAUGUCGACCUGCGAGUUCAAUUACUUCCGUCAGAAAGCCAUGGAGAGCUGUGAUAUGAUUGACGGGGUCAGCGAUGGUGUUAUAUCAGAACCUGACUUGUGCGACUUCGACCCCCUACACUUGAUCGGCCAAACAUUCUAUUGCGAGGAUAAACCCGUAGAAGUCUCGCGAGCAAUGGCAAACAUCGUGCGAAAAGUCAAACAAGGCCCUCGGACACCGCUCAAGACGUCGCUUUGGUAUGGCCUUACGCAUGGGACCAGUUUUGAUAUUCUCGCAAGCACCACUACUACCGAACAAGGACUGCGGAUGCCGGUCCCAUUCCCCAUAUCCACGGGCUUUAUCCAAAAUUUUCUCCUUAAAACCAAAGAUAGAUCUUUCAACGCGACUAGGCUUAGUUAUGCAGACUAUGUGGCAUUGUGGGCUCAAGGGAACUCCGAGUUUGGAUGGCUCCUCGACGCCGACAAGCCGGAUCUCACGAGCUUGCAGGCAUCGGGAUCGAAGUUGCUCACAUGGCAUGGAGUCAAUGAUCCUGUCAUUCCCCACCAAUCAACCGUACAGUAUCGAAAACGAGUAGAACUCCUCAUGGGCGGCGCGAAUGAAGUAGACAAAUUCUACCGCCUUUUCUUAGCGCCCGGUGUUGAGCAUUGUGGGGGUGGCACCGGACCUGUCCCCGUCGACCCUCUUGCUGCUCUGAUCGAAUGGGUGGAGAAUGGAAUACCGCCGGAGACGUUGGAAGCCGAGACUACUACUUACCGAGGUGAUCGAGUUACGCGCGAGCUAUGCGCCUGGCCAGGAGUCGCUCGAUACAUGGGGAUAGCUGACCCGAAGAGAGCGUCCAGUUGGACUUGCCACGGGGGCACUGAGCGACCAGAAGAUGACUUGGCUGAAGAGGAGGAUAACAGCGAUUCGGGCCGAGCAGGCCAGAUAUUGGACGGGCUGAAGGACAGACUUGAGGGACUUGGAAUGGGCAUUACGAUCGGAUAGGUCUAGUGCGCUUGAAGUCAAGACCCUGAGUACAACCGGCAUGUGUUUUGCCUCUCCCAGUACAAGUCAUUGUAUUCGAACUUCCUACCCAGCGGGGCAUGGUCUUGUUAGAAUUCGAUGCACGACCAGGGUGGUUCCCAGAUGAACGUGUGGAAUGGAAUAUCAGCCGCCAUCUAUUCGUCGUACGAGCCGAGAUCUGGAAGCCAAGAAAUUUACCCGCACCUAAAUGACAAAAUACCGAUAGAAAUCUCCGAAAACCAAUGGCAGCAUGCACAUAUAGUGUAUUGGCAGUGUUUGUGAUGCAUUGCGGGUGAAUUACCGUUCAAGGACAUACUCGCUUACACGUGUGUCAAUG